AUGUCUCGGCUGCCCCUGUCGAUAUGCUGGCUCGUUGAUAGCACCCUCCUCUCAACACUACAUCUCGGACCUAGUACCCGAAUGCUGCUCCGUACUCUAAAAAUUGCAUACGAUAGAUUCAAUCAAAAGUCUGAACAGGCUUACCAGCAACGGGAAACCUCGGACGAGGACUCCGACGUCGGUCAUCCAGAACAGUUAGACUUGAACAUCCCAGGAAAAUUCCAAUUUGGUUCUUCGGAACCAGAAACUAUAUGUUCAGAUGACGACCAUUCAGACAGUAUGAAUAGCGAUCUAAUUGCCCAAUUUGAGGAAGUAGAGCUUGGAAGCGAGUACGGGGGCGAGUCUACAGAGGUAAAACUCUUUAUUCUUUAUAAUUAG